AAAAAUCUUCCUGGUUUGGUCUUUCAAGAUCCAACCCUGUUUGAAAUUCACCUGUGCUUGUUUUUCUCCUACUUCACACUUCUGAUCUCAUCUCUCUCACACCUCACCUCGUUUUGCUUUUUUUACUUUUGAAUGUUACCAUCUUAAUUUUUUCUCUUUGGGUAUCUUCACAAAGCAAAGAAAUUCACUGAGAAAGCCAAAGCCAAAGGUGAUGAUGGAAUAAUAAGUACAAAUGAAAGAUGAACAGGAAAUAUUGAAUUGGGUCAAUCGGAUCUAAUCUAUCGAGUAUAAGUAGGUAAUUCACAAAGGAGUGUUAUUUAUGGCUACAUAUACCAAAAGCACUAUGGUGAAGGGGGUCAAGUCAAUUGCCCAAGAUGUCUCUUCCAAGCCCAAGAUUGAUUCUUUAGCUCUCAAGAAGAAGCUAAACACCUCAAUCAAGCACCCGCCUGAUUCUAAGUUGAAGUUUGUCACCACUACAGUCACAAAAUCUGAGGUGAAAUCAAAACCGGUAACUACAUCAUCAGCAUCGUCCAAAACAAUAACAAAGACAACUACUACCAAAACCAAAGUGAGAGAGAAGAAAGUCUAUAGUCUGCCUGGCCAGAAACAUGAUCCUCCAGAACAGAAAGAACCCCUGAGGAUUUUCUAUGAGUCAUUGUCAAAACAGAUACCAACAAGUGAAAUGGCAGAAUUUUGGUUAAUGGAACAUGGGUUGCUAUCUCCUGAAAAAGCUAAGAAAGCAUUUGAGAAAAGGCAGAGGAAGCAAAAAGAGCUUCGAACAGGAACUCCUGUUAAGUUAUCAAAGCCGCCAACUAAGACUGCAACAUCACAGAAACAACAACAGGUAUCAAAGAACGGUGACAUAAAAGCCAAGAAAAGAAUUGUCAAUGAGAGUGAUGAUGAUGAUGACGAUUUCAUUUUAAGUCAUAAAAGAAGAAAAUGGUAAGAAGAAGGAAAGCCUCUCAUAAUGUUUAUUUAAUAAAAAUAAAAAAGAAGAAAUGUUGUACUCUCGGAAAAAUUGUUGGAUAAAAAAUUCUUCAUGUUUCUAGCUUACCGAUACAAUAAGGGACAAGCAAUUUACGUGUCUCUCGGAAUCUAUAUUUUGACAAUGGAAAUUAAUUCCCUCUGUUACCUAAGUGUCUUGAAAUUGAUAAACAUAUUCUGCCUAACAA